UUGCACGGGGAACCGGCUGUGUUUUUCGGGGGUGGACCACGUGCUCUCUCGCUCUCCCUCUCUCUCUCACUCUCUCUCUCUCUCUUCCUUUCUCUUCCUCUCCCGCUCGAAGCGAUCCACGUUUUCCACGGUGGGACGAGGAUUGGGACGAGGUGUGUCGUUGAGAUUCGUUGGACAUCGUGGAAUAGAAGGGGUUGUAAAGGUGUCAAGAUUUACUCGAAAGGAUAGACAGUGAUUAUAAUUAACGAUCCCUCGUGUUGUUGUGCGUUAAUUCGACGAAGGAGGAUGGGGAUGGUGGAGCGUCGCGCGGUUGUUAACUACGGCGGGGCGAUGAUCGCGAGGAGGAAAUUUGAUCGAGGAACGACGAUAUAAUUCGUGAUGAUCGGCGGCGCGAUGCGGCGGGUAUUAAUCUAGGAUUAAUUUCGAGCCCGCGUUCCUCUUGCUCGCGAUGAUCAUGGAUCGCGCGGGGAGAGGCGAUACCAGUUUCAACUUUCCAAUCGCGAUGCGAUGCGAGCGAGUGGGAAAAGCGAAGGAUACGAGCGGUCGAUGAAGGAGGCGAGGAACGUCUCUCUGGUGUUCUUCUGGGGAGAGGUUGAAUUUUAAUAAAAUUGUAACGCUGCUCGCUGCACAACUCCGCCCAACGUGCCGGUUCCAUUAAACCGAUCCGCUACCGUGAAUACGGAAUAUAUACGGAUUUUACCGAGUGGUGGUGGUGGUCGUUGGAAGAAAAACGCAACAAGGAUCGUUUGGAUCGUCCGAUCGUUAGACUAUGAAGAGCGGAAGUGGCGUUGUUCUGGCCGUCGACGUUCGUCCCGAUCGGGAAACGAGUCGAUCGAUAAAAACGAGAAGAAGACGGGAAACGGGAGUGGACGAGUGGUGGUCGGCAAGCGACGCGAAUAUUACGACGCCUGUGAAACUCCGUGGAACGGUUGGUUAACUAGGAGGGACUGUUCCAGAUACGUGACGCGCCGGAACGCGCGUGGUCAAUAGCGAAGAGACCGGAGAGAGGCCGGAGAGAGAGCUAGGAGAGGGAACGUUUUACUCCGUUACCUCGUUCGGUCGGUAAAUAGGGACGUCGAUCAAGCGAUCGGUUCUCACGGUUCGAAAUAACACGUCGGAGAGAUCGAGCGACAAAGAAACGCAAUCUCAUCACCAUCGUUUCACGUUCAUCGUUCCGGGGAAGACGAAGCCCGACCGAUGUCGAAUGAAUUUGGAAUGGUCACGCCAGCCUGAAUCGCGAUACGCGGGAAUCCCUCCGUCCCCGUCCACGGAGACUCGAUAACGAUCCCUUCUGGAGGACGGAUCCAUCGAUCCCGUGAUCCGUGGUACAAAUAAGCGGCGGUUGUCGAGCGAAAAGAAAACGGAGAGAGAGUGAGAGAGGGAGAGAGGGAGGGAGGUAAAAAGGCGAGCAAAGCAUAGGGGAGCGAGGAUUGACGGGACACAGAAGAAACUUGGUGGCGGGAGCAAAAAACGUUGGAAGCGACGGAGAUACCAGGUUAAUUAGAUUAUCGAGGGGAGCGGCAGGGAUAGGCAACGCGACCAUACAUGGUCCACCGUUUCUACGAAGAGAAGCGGGGGAGCGUCGCGUGGGAGGUCGUGCAGCUUCCACGCUGGUUUUUACGCAGCUUGGAAACGGACAGAUUCGUGUGCUCACCUUGGGGAAGCCACACACAUACGCGGGCGCGACUAUUAAACAGGCUGGUCGCGCGCCUCGUCCUGGUACCGGUCUGUCGAUCUACGGGCGGGAAUCACUUUUCCGAGAAGACCCCUACCAUCCCUGACGAUUCGCGGUACGCUCGAUGAUCGCCGAUCUUCGAGAUUUCGAGAGCGAAACGAGUCCCAUCCUCUGAAAUCGAUCGAUCCACCUCUCGAUAGAGAGGAUAGAAGAAGAAAAUCGGACGGAGGGGAAGGAUAAUUGGAGUUUUCGAGGAUUGGAAAAGUCGAUCGUGGAAAGUGGAAAGUGGAAAGCCACGCGUCCAGUCGAAUCGCGUGCCAACUUUCAAUCUCGGAUGUCGAACGACCGCUACGCACGCCAACAUCGCGUUUAAAAGCUACGACCACAUCCUAUAACUCCAGAUUUCCGCGAUUCCAGUGAACCAGUCCGCUGUGUAUAUGUAUAUAUAUAUUAUAUGUGUGUGUGUGUGUCGUUUGAUUUUUCUGGCGGAUCAUUAGAGCAUCGCGAAGAAGCGUUAAGAGCGAUGAAAGUGUAGCGGAGCGUGUUAUGCAAAGCAGCGUGAACCAGAAAAGCCUGAUCCCGCUGAUCGAUUCACCGCGAAUUCGAGGCGAUAGGCAGGAGUGAUGCGUCACUUGGGCGCGGAUAUCGAUUUCAUUCCUGUAACGGAUCUGCCAACGAUCGUGUGACGUUCGAAACCUGAACCCCGCGCAUGCCUGCCGAGAUAGUGCAAGAUAUCGGAAAAUGACGUUAAACGCUUCCUGCUUUCGCGUCGCGUCGUUCGGCCCGAAUCUAGGCCGAUUCUAGGCCAAACGGAGGAGGAGAGGAUACUUUUUUCCCUCUUUCUUUCUUUCUUUUCCACGAAAGAGGAGAUCUUCGAGGAGGAGGGAUUCCUCGAGAGGGUCGCCGAUCGAAUCGAGGAUCGAAUCGCGAGGAUGAACGGGUAGGCUCGAGAAAUAGUUUCGAGCCUCUCGAGGAGGAAAGUGGAACGGCCGAUCGCGCGGGGGUGGACGAAGCGAAAAUAUGUCGGUCGCGGGAACGAGGAGGCUGUGCAGAGUGGGCCUGAUCGCGGUGCUGGUCACAGCGUUGUGCGUGUUGACUCUGCUCGAUUCGCCGCCACAACUCCCGGAUCCACCGGCGGAUCCUCCUCCCACGCCUGGUGGCGUACCCCCGGGCACAAGAAGCAUCGUGGCUUACUCGUGGGCGCGGAGAUUGGCACUCGAUUACAGGCCCUCCAAGGAGUGCGACGGUAAUGGAACGUACGGAACGACGUUAAAUACGUUCAAGUUAGCCGACGAGAAGUGGCUCGAGACAAUCCCUGGACAGCUCUUCCUGUACAGCGCCCACUUGGACCUGAGAGUGGCCGGUUAUCCAAGCCUCAGGGUGAUUGGCGUUAAACGUGGACCUCUGCCGACCUCCGCCCUUUUCUGCACCGUUUGGUACGAAGAGGAGGAUCGAGGGAGAGCCGUGAGCGUGGAGGCGCUGGUGUCCACGAUUUGGCUGGAGGAAUGGGGCGAGACGGUGGACAGUUACGCGGGGAUCCUCGUCGGUUGUCAAUUACCACCCGACGCUGCGAUCGAGCCGUCCAAGGUGUACGUAGGCCUGGAGCCCUGCCACCAGAAUGCUAGUCAUAGUUUAGCGAUAAAGAAGGAGGCGAGCAGCAGGGGCGAAGCCGGUGAGACGAGACGCCGUCAAUUCACCCUGUGCAUCAAGGGUUUGGACUUCGACGAGGAUAUCUCGGGAAAGAUCGUCGCAUUCGUCGAGCUCCACCGCAUACUUGGCGCCGAGCUCUUCUACUUCUACGUGUUGAACGUUCACGAGAACGUGUUGAGGGUGUUGAGGCUGUACGAGCGGUCGAACGUGAUCAGAUGGUUCAAUCUUACGCUACCCGGUGAUCUGCCGAACGAGAAAGUGUCGAGGAGGCGGUUCCUGUCCGAGAAUAUCUGGAUCAAGAGGCGUAUGGAGCUGAUACCGUACAAUCAUUGCUUCUACGACAAUCUCCAUCGAUCCGAGUUCGUGGUGCCGAUCGACAUCGACGAGGCGAUCGUCCCGUCGAGGAGGAAGAGCUGGCACGAGCUGUUGCUCGACGAGAGGAUCAAGCUUGGCAGGGGAUUCAAGGAUUUCGCGUCUUACGCGGUGAGAAACGCUUACUUCUUCCCCGAGCUGCAGGCGAGGAACAGAAGCGAUUACGACACCUCGGGGGACGACAAUUCCACCGAUAUCCCCGCCGAUUUCAAUUAUCUUAUGGACACGGUGAGGACGGCAUGUAUCUCGCCCGAGGGCGACUCGGUCAAGAGUUUCGUCUCGACGAGGCGCGCGUUGACGGUGCACAAUCAUUACGCGUUGACCGCGUUGAACCCGUCCACGAGACGGGCGCACCAUUUCGAUCCCGGGGACGUUUUGAAGCAUCACCACAGGGCUUGCGACGUGACGCAUUUGGACUGUGACGCUUUGAUGGAGGACGUUAGGAUCGACGAGUCCGCGUUGAGGUACUCGAACGAACUUAGGAGGAGGAUGAGAGUGGUUUUCGCCGAUCUGAGAACAUUCGCGUAGCCGGACAACUUGUGUACAUAAUAAAGGAUGAAAUAGGAUAAAAUCGA